CCAUAAUGUUUUGCAUUUAAGUGGUGUCAUAUAUAUAUUAUCUACAAUAUAUAAUGGCUGCCGGCUGUCAUCAGCUCGCCGGAAUCUUGCUCUCCGUCGCGUUAGCUCUCGCCACCCUCAACCUCUCCGCUUGCUAUGUCUUCAAGGGCUCUGUCACCUGCCUAGACUGCACCCAUACCCAUACCCAUCCUGCAGAUCUCUCAGGUGUCCAAGUGUCGGUGAAGUGUGGUGGGGAGAAAAACAUGGCCAUGGCGACAACAGAAGAAGAUGGGAGUUUCGAAACAACUAUCGUUCUCCCUUCUUCAAAAUCCCCAUCCUCUGUCAGCUGCAGUGCCAAGAUCCUUGGAGCCACCCGACAGCUCUACAUUCCUAUGAAAGCAUGUGAAUCCAAGAUUGUCGUCAGAGCUAUCGGAGAAUCAAACCACAACCACUACAUGAUGACCACCUCGGAGCCUCUUAGGUUUUACACAAAAUGUCCAAAUGCAAAAUGUGGGGGUGUUGGUAUUGGUGGGUCAAAGACGGUGGAUCUGCCUUUGCCAAGGGAGUGGGGACUCCCACCAACCAGCUAUUACUCCUUGCCUUUCUUCCCCAUCAUCGGCAUACCCUAAUAACUAAGUCUUAUUGCGUCAUGUUAAAUAGUUUUUGUCAUCGUCAGAUUUUCUUUGAUUAAGAGUCAAACUUUGCAAAUACAACUUAGUCAAAUCUAAAUUAGUCGUUUCAUUGUAAUGGAUUCCAUGUGUUUAUGUAAAAUACUAAAAUUAAAUAAAUGAUAACUCUAAAAGUUGUGUCUGAAGAGUUAAAGCAA